UCUCAGUACUCUAGACUAUGCAUUUCGCGCCAAGAACAUCAAAAACAGACCAGAGGUUAACCAAAAGAAUGGAAUAUACAUUCCCCAAGAGCUAUUCCAGCUUGAUGAGGCUGCCCAAAAGGAACUGGCUGAAAAACAGAAGCUCAUGGAACUUGAUAUCGAGCAGAAAAACAAGAGAAUUGCAGAACUUGAAGAUUUAUACAAUAACCAGAAAAAGUUGACAGCAGAUUUAGUUGAAAAAAUUGCACAGGCCAAGGUAAAAGAAUGUCAAUUGAGCAGCAGCUCUUUCCCAACUGGGUUGCAUCCAUACGAAAAAGUCGCAUUACCUUUUCUUGUGCUUCCAAUGGCAGAGAGAACUCAAGAACACUGAGGAAUCCUUAUGUGAACUAGAAGCUCAAUACAGUCAAGCAAAAGAAAUGGUUCGACAGAAGCAAUACUUAAUAUAUUAUCUCAUCACAUCUGGUAUGAAUACUAGUUUGUAAUUUACAGAAGCACAUUACCAUUUAAGACCUUUGAACAUUUUAUUCCCAACUUUUAUAUAUAGAAAAGGCACUUACUGAUAAAGCAAUCGAGCUUCGAGCAGAGCUAGAGAAUGCAGAAUCAGCGGUUUCCAUAUUAUGUAGGAAAAUAGAUAAUAAUAACCUUAGAGAGGAAAAUAACCAACUUAUUCUCCAGAACUUCAAGAACCAAAUAGCAGAACAACUUGAACUUCUAAAUACGAAUGUAGCAACUACUGCAUCACAACAAGCACAACAACUGAAAGUUGUACAAGAGAACACAAAACUUUUUUUAUCUGCAAAGUCCAAGGCAACGGAAGGUCUACAGAAUCUGCUCAAGGAGCUAAAAGAUAUGUACAUGUCUGAUGUCCAAAAUUUGGCUGGCAUAGCAGAAGAACAAAGUGAAAAUUUUCAUGCCACCUUUGGGAAAUUAAAUUCAGAAGUAUCAAAAUGUUCAUCUUCAACAAUGGAAGUGAGUUUCAGAUCUGUUUUACGUGAUGUUUUUCCACCAAACUGCAGCUUCUGAAUCAUCCAUAUUUAGUGCAGCUUGUUGAGAAGAUUUCCUCAGACAUUGGUUCUGUACUUAAUGGUCUAGAGAACAACUUUAAUGGUCUUGAGUUAAAGAUGAAAGCAUUUCUACAACAGGAACAACAGAACCAAUCACAAACAUACCAAGCCACUAAAAUAAUUUCUGAAGUUCUUGAAAGCUUCUUCAAGGAUUUAAAGACAUUUGUUUCCAAAUUGGCGCACAUGGAGGAAGAAUCAAACAGAAAGAAUAACCAGCAAAUCUGUGCCCUUGGAAGGAAGUUUGAGGAACUGGCUGCAAACGAAGAAAGAGAAAUUUUAGAAAAGGUCGCGUCUCUGCUAGCAACUUCCCAUGCUCGGAAGAAACAGCUUGUUCAAACAGAGCUUGAUGCUCUUCAAAGGUGUGCUAAUAAUAAAACCAGACAUCUAAACAAGGAACUUUCAAACAUCCAUGACUGCAGUUGUUCUACUCAAGAAGAAUGGACAAGCUUCGUUGAGGGAACAAAGGUUCAUCACAAAGAGGAUAGUACUAUAUUAGAAACCUGGAGAGGGGGCUUUGAAGAGAGCCUUAGAGGGUGUAUGAGAAUCUCCAAUGCAGUUGCAGAACAAUGGAGGAAGGCUCAAGAGUCACUUAUUAUACAACACACUACAAAUACCAACUCCAUAGACUCCAUUAUUAAGAGUGGAAUAGGAAAGCAUGAAAAGGUCAAUGCUCAACUUUCUGCUUGUGCUUCUACCAUACUUGAAGAAACUGAUCUUGCUAUGAAGAACGUUCUCUCUACCACGGAAUAUUUGCAAGAAAUGGAUAGUGGAGGGAUCCAAAAGAUCAAAACAUGCAUCGAUCCAUGUAUAGCUGAUAUGAAUGGAAUGGAAAUGACUCAUUCGCACAAAAUAUCUGAGAUUGCACUAAAUACAGAAAAGAUUUUGACAGACGAUUACAAGGUGGAUGAGCAUUUGGAUUCAACUCCAAGAAGAAUAAAAUUCAACCUGCCUAGCAAAGAAUUCAUAGAAAACCUGAGAACUCCCUCUUUUGAAGAGUUACUUCAGUCAUUCCAGGAUGGUACAAAACUGGAACUGGAGACAUAAAAAUCCUAAAUAUUCUAUAUUUAAUGAUAAUAUUUUUAAUGAUCCCAUUUA